UUGAAAUAUACUACAGGAGUUAACAUCAAUUAAUCCUCAAUAAAUGCCUGAUCUCUAACUCUCCUAUCAGUAAAUCAAUAAACUGCAACAACAACAAAAAAGAAAACUUCCAUUACCCUAACUUUCUUCCACACAAACAUGUCUUCUCUCCAAUCCAUCAUGUCCUCCAACCCAAACUUCGAUGAAAGCCUAUGGAUAAUUCACAUUCGUAGAUCCAUCGAAGAAGAAUCCGAAAACGAAACAGAAACUCCCGUUUCCAUUUUCAACGUCCCCAAAAUCCUGAUGACUACAGAUCCAGACUCUUACACUCCACAACAAGUCGCUAUCGGCCCUUACCAUCACUGGCGGCCGGAGGUUUAUGAAAUGGAGAGAUAUAAGCUCGCAGCUGCAAAAAGAACUCAAAAACAACUGCGCAACCUCAAAUUUGAAAAUCUUGUAGAUCACUUAAACAAGCUUGAACCAAAAAUUCGAACCUGUUACCAUAAGUUCUUGGAUUUCAGCAAUGAAAUGUUAGUUUGGAUGAUGGCUAUUGAUGCAUCGUUCUUGUUGGAGUUCUUGCAAAUCUACGCUGUCAGAGAAGGAAUGGUAAUUCCCAGUGUUUCUUCAAGAAUGUCGCAUUUAGUUGAUUAUGCCGGCAGAAAAUCAGCUCAUAAUGCUAUUCUUAGAGAUAUGGUAAUGCUUGAAAAUCAAAUUCCUUUAUUUGUAUUAAGAAAAAUUCUAGAAAUUCAAUUUUCUUCCAUAGAAUUCGCUGACGAAAUGCUUCUCUCAAUGCUUGAUGGGUUUUGCAAAGAGCUUUCGCCUUUUAAAAUGAUGAAAGAUUCAAAAGAAAUUCCAAUUUCUCAAUGUUCUCACUUGCUAGACUACUUGUACGACAUGAUUGUACCAAAAGUGGAAGCUCCGCCUGUGCCGGAGAUAACAGAUGUGGUCGGGGAUGAUUUGGAGGCCAUGCAAGGGAAAGAAAGAUCUUCUGGCAAUUCAAGCUAUAUAAAGGAUCUUUUUAGUGAAAUAUGGAAAAUAAUUUCAAAAAUAAAUAAAGGUCCUUUCAGGUUUCUUAAAAAGAUACUAUUUUCAAGACCCGUUAAACUUGUACUUAAACUGCCUUGGACAAUUCUUUCCAACCUUCCUGGUUUUACAAUCUUGAAACAACCUGUUCAAUAUUUUUUCUUCGCGGAAGAAGAUAACGAAGAGACCAAACCAGAAAAGGAAAACAACGAAGCUAACAAGCCCCCGUUGGUAGAGGAAAUUGCAAUUCCUUGUGUUACUGAUCUUGUUAAAUCGGGAGUUCGUUUCUCACCCACUACAGGUAAUAUUUCAAGUGUUAAUUUUGAUGCUAAGAUGGUCACUUUUUAUCUCCCUAUAGUUAGUAUAGAUGUGAACACUGAAGUGGUUUUGAGAAACCUAGUAGCAUAUGAAGCAUCAAACGCAUCAGGACCAUUGGUUUUUACGCGAUACACUGAAUUGAUGAAUGGGAUUAUUGAUACUGAUGAAGAUGUCAAGUUACUAAGAGAAAAAGGUAUAAUCUUGAACAGACUAAAGAGUGAUCAAGAAGCUGCAGAUUUAUGGAAUGGAAUGAGCAAAUCCAUUAGGUUAACGAAAGUUCCUUUCUUGGAUAAGGUUAUUGAAGAUGUUAACAAGUAUUACGAUGGGAGAUGGAAGAUUAAAGUUGGGAAUUUCGUGAAACAUUAUGUUUUUGGUUCUUGGCAAUUUCUUACAUUAGUAGCUGCAAUUUUUCUUUUGCUUUUGAUGACAUUACAAGCCUUUUGCUCUGUUUAUAAUUGCGCUCGCAUAUUUCAUAUCAACGCAGCCACUUCAUCUAAUUAAUAUGGCAAUUCCUUUAUUAUUCUUUUUUUUUUUUUUUUCAAUUCCUGCUGAGGACCCUAUUUUCAUGGGAUAGUUUGAAUAUUGGUUGCCUGAUUGUUAGGUUUUGUGUGUUCUUCCAAUAAUAUGAGAAACUGUACAC